AGGCGGGCGUGGGGCGUUGAGCGCUUCCCCGAGGCGCCGGGCUGAAGAUUCUCCGGGUGGGGGCCCCGGAGCGGGCAGGGGACCUCGCCGGGGGCCGGGCUGGGCGGGGCGUCCGCCCAGGUCCCGCCCGCCCUCAUCCGGGGGCCUGGCCCGCUAACAUGGCCGGGGCCGGAGCGGCGGCCGGCGGGGCUGCGGCCGGCGGCUGCUCGUGGGGACCCGCGUAGCGCCCCCCGCGGCCGCGUCCUGGCCGGGUUCCCUGGGGCGCUCCCCACGACCCGCCGGCCCCCGCGUCCCCGCGUCCAUGCACUCUGUGUCGCCCGCCGCCGCGCAGUACCGGAGCGGGAGCCCGGAGCACGCGCGCCGAUCCGAGGCCCGGAGGCCGCGGGGACCCCGGGGCCUGGACCCCCACAGCCUGGGGUCCCCUGGACCCAGCGGCCUCGCGCUCGGCCCGCCCGGCGCUGCCCACGUGGAACCCGACGAGGUGGACAAGUUCAAGGCCAGGUUCCUGACCGCCUGGAACAACGUUAAGUACGGGUGGAUGGUCAAAAGCCGGACCAGCUUUAGCAAGCUCUCCAGUAUCUACCUCUGCGGGCGCCGCUACCGCUUUGAGGGUGAAGGUGACAUCCAGCGUUUCCAGCGAGACUUUGUGUCCCGUCUGUGGCUGACCUACCGCCGGGACUUUCCUCCCCUGGCUGGGGGUUCCCUGACCUCAGAUUGUGGCUGGGGAUGCAUGUUACGCAGUGGUCAGAUGAUGCUGGCCCAAGGCUUGCUGCUGCAUUUCCUGCCCCGAGACUGGAUGUGGGCUGAGGGUCCAGGCCUGGGCUCCCCCGAACUGCCCGGAACGGCCUCCCCCAGCCCGGGCCGAAGCCCUGCCCGCUGGGUGCCCCCGCGCUGGCCCCGAGGUGCCCCCGAGUUGGAGCAGGAGCUGCGGCACCGGCAGAUUGUGUCCUGGUUCGCCGAUCACCCCCGGGCCCCCUUUGGCCUCCACCGGCUGGUGGAGCUUGGGCAAAGCUCAGGCAAGAAGGCGGGUGACUGGUACGGGCCGUCGCUGGUGGCGCACAUCCUCAGGAAGGCCGUGGAGAGCAGCUCCGAGGUCACGCGGCUGGCUGUGUAUGUUUCUCAGGACUGCACAGUGUACAAGGCGGAUGUGGCACACCUGGUGGCCAGCCGGGACCCGACGGCCGAGUGGAAGUCUGUGGUCAUCCUGGUACCUGUGCGUCUGGGCGGCGAGACGCUGAACCCCGUGUACGUGCCUGGCGUGAAGGAGCUUCUAAGGUCUGAACUGUGCCUGGGCAUCAUGGGAGGCAAACCAAGGCACUCACUGUACUUCAUUGGCUACCAAGAUGACUUCCUGCUCUACCUGGACCCGCACUACUGCCAGCCCACCGUGGAUGUCAGCCAGGCUGACUUCCCUCUGGAGUCUUUCCACUGCACCUCCCCCCGCAAGAUGGCCUUCGCCAAGAUGGAUCCGAGCUGCACGGUGGGGUUCUAUGCAGGAAACCGGAAGGAGUUUGAGACACUGUGCGCUGAGCUGACCAGGAUCCUCAGCUGCUCCUCCGCCACCGAGCGCUACCCCAUGUUCACCCUGGCCGAGGGCCAUGCUCAGGACCACAGCCUGGAUGACCUCUGCUCGCAGCUCUCGCAGACCACCACACUGCGGCUCCCCCGCACCGGGCGCCUCCUCAAGGCCAAGCGGCCGAGCUCCGAGGACUUCGUGUUUUUAUAAUGGAGGGAUCGGGAGGGGGAAGAUGUGAGACUAUUUUUUUAUUUAUGUCACCUCAGUGGGGGACUAGAACUCUAGAGAUGCUAGGGGUUCUGGUUCUCGACCUCUCUACCACCCAGCUGAGACCAGUCUAGGAAACCACAGGACUGGGGCCACUCAGCCAGGGGCCACCACCUGCCACCCGCCAGCUGUGCCCUCCUAGGGCUCCUCUCAGGGCGGGGAGCAGCGGAGACCCCGGGCACCCACUCAGGGCCUGACUUGCGUACUGUAGUUUGCACUGGACCGGCCGUGCCCUUCACUGUCCCCAGGCCUCUACCCAGGGCCACCGUGCCUGCUGGGGGGCUAAUAAAGCUGUUGAACUUGA